CCAGGCAGAGCAAGGGGAAGAUGGCGGUGCCCAAGGCCGCGGCGGUACUGAGGCACGUGAAGAGCGUCAUGGUCCGGUUUUGCCCUUUCCAGACCAACGUGGAAACCACGCGAAUAUUUCUUGAACAUGUAAACAGUAAAAAAGCUCGUGCCUCCAAUAUCAACUGUGUAGUGACAACAGAUGUAAGACAUGAUGGAUCUGAACCAGUUGUAGACAUCAUGUUUGAUGUGGAAUCCACUCCCUUAGGGCUGGUUUAUACUACACAGGUCGAUGUAAGGCAGCUUAUGUCAACCUAAUUAUGUCGGUGUCUACACAACAGCCUUCCUCCUGCUGAU